AGUGUCAGGAUGAUUAUCUGUCUGCAUUUUUACCUUUCACUAACUACACAGGAAUCUAUCUUUUGUUAACCACUGGUUUAACAUCUAGUGCGAAGUCAUCAAUAUGCUGGUAAGUGCAAAUACAUCUGUACUAACUGAAAAGUCCCAGAAGAGAGUAGACUACUUACAGUGGUCAGACUAUUUUAUGGCCAUUGCUUUUCUCUCUGCCAUGCGUAGUAAAGACCCAAAUUCUCAGGUUGGAGCAUGUGUGGUGAACAAAGAAAAAAAGAUUGUUGGUAUCGGGUAUAAUGGUAUGCCUAAUGGUUGCAGUGAUGAUGAUCUCCCGUGGAAUCGAGAAGCUGAUAAUAUUUUAGAUACAAAGUAUCCAUAUGUUUGCCAUGCAGAAAUGAAUGCAAUAUUGAACAAGAAUUCUGCAGACCUGAAGGAUUGCACAAUAUAUGUUGCACUCUUCCCCUGUAAUGAAUGUGCCAAACUAAUAAUUCAGUCUGGUAUAAAAGAAAUAGUGUAUCUUUCUGACAAAUACCAUAACGACUAUAAGAUGGUGGCAUCUAGGCAACUUUUAGAUAUGGCUGGAGUUAAAUACAGGCAACACAUUCCUCAACAUUCACAGAUUCUUAUCGAUUUUGAUUCAAUAAACAUACCCGUUGGAAAGCAUCACAAGGAACCAAAAUCUGUAUCAUCUCCGUAACAUAGGUAAUAAUUACAGACUCUCCCAUAUUUUUUGUUUGA